AUGACCAUGGAUGUCUCCUCCAUCAAGCUCUCCGAUCUCCUCCACCAUCCCGACGACCUCGACAAAAUUCCUGCCCUAAAGCUCGAAUACACGCGCAAGAAAUCCGCUGUCGAUUCGCAACUGCGUUCUGGUCUGAAAGAACAACUCGAAGUUACUCAGGCGGGUAUGCAUGGGAUUACCGAUGGCCAACGAACGGUUCAGUUGAUCAAAGAUGAGAUGAUGAAGAUUGAUAAGCUAUGCGCCGAGGCGCAGAAUAUGAUUAAGGAUUUUCCAAACAUUAAUCUGGUGAGCCAGACGCAUAGGAAUUUCAUGGCGGUAGAAACAAUGCGUAGGAAUUUGGUGGAUUUCAAUGAGAGGUUAACGAAGGUGGAGGGGCUUUUGAGAGAGGAUGAUGCGGAUGAAGAUAAUAUGGGGAAUUUGCUCGCGAUUCAUUAUGAAUUGACGCAGUUGAGGAAUAUUAGGGAUGAUGCUAUGGAGCAGAUAUUGAGGGCUGAUGAUGCGGGAUUGCAGGGCACGUUGGAGGAUUACUUUGCGAGGCUGGAUGAUACGAUUGAUUGGUUUGACGAACAUAUUGGGAAGGUGGCUAUGAAUCUGAUAGAAGUGGUUGUGCAGGGAAAUAGCAGCUUAGUGGUGAGAUUGGCGGUGGUUAUUGAGGCUGAGGAGAAGAGUGACAAGAGGGUUAUGGCACUGCAGGAGGCGUUGAAGGAUCAUAAGGAGAUGGCGGCGAGAUUUAAGAGUAUCACGGAUGGGGCGAAGAGUACGAGAGGGUAUAAAGAGAAGUUUUUGAUGGCUAUUAAGCUUAAGGCCGAAGCGGACAUUGAAGGAACCAAACAGACAUUUCUGGAGGACCCCUCGAAAUUGGAGAAGGGUUUGAGAUGGUUCUUCAACGAUUUGAAUGCGGUCAAACAGGGAAUGGUACCAUUGAUGCCCAAGAAAUGGAAAAUCCUCAAGACAUACGGGAAUAUUUACCAUCAGUUGAUGCAUGAUUUUCUCAUUGAUAUGAUCGACGAUAAAGAGACGACCCAGGCGAAUAAUUUGGCGAUAUUGAACUGGCCGGAAAAGUACUAUACGAAAAUGAAUAAGCUGGGGUUUAAGAAGGACGAAUUGAAGCCGCAUGUUAUAGACGGAAGAGAACAGGAAAUGAUCAGGAAUUUCGAACAGAUCAUUAUCAAGUACUUGGAUGAAUGGCUUGAUCGGAUUUUCGCAACAGAAAAGAAAGAUUUCGAUGGGAGGAACGUGGAUGGUUCGAAUUUGGAUCAGGAUGAAUAUGGAUACUUUCGAACGAAGAACUUGGUCGAUAUGUGGCGUAUGUUACGUGAACAAAUCGAUGCUGCGGGUGCUAGUCAAAGAAUGGAUAUCGUUGAAGGGGUGGUUGAUAUCAUGAUCGUGCGUUUGAAGACUCGUCAACAAACAUGGCAAGAGAUGCUCGAUAUUGAAGCCGCGAAAUACUUCAAUGCAACUACUGAACUGGAGGGUUUCCAAGCUUUACAGGAUUGGCUUGUUGCUACUGCUAACGAUCAAAUCGCUUGUAUUGAUGAUAAUGAAGAUGAGGGACGAUUCGGAUACCUUACAAGCUUUAGACAAAAAUUCGAACCGCUCGUUUCGACUACAUACCUCGAACGAGUAGACGUCGAGAUUACUAGUCUAAACGAUGGAUAUGUUGAUCUAAGUACCCAUUGCAUAUCUAAAUUCGCAACCUUGAUCUUCGCCGUCGAUUUCAAAACCGUCAUGCCGGAUUUCUUCACACCAAAAUGGUAUACAAAUACAGCUAUGAAGCAAAUGAUUGUCACAUUUGAAGAAUAUAUCAAUGAUUAUAAGAAUGUCCUUCAUCAGUCCCUACUAGAUAUCUUUAUCGAAGAACUCGCCAUCGAACUCCUCAUUCAAUACCUCGGCUGCGUCCGCAAUAAAGGUGCAAAGUUCAAGAGGGCGGAUCCAUUCAAAGACAAAAUCUUCAAUGAUGUCUCAACAGCCUUUGAAUUCUUCAACAGUAAUACAUAUCUCACGGAAGACGUAAGGAAUAUCAUCGUAGGUAAAUGGGCGGUAACGCAAAGUUUCCUCGAGAUUCUAGAGUGUGAGAAGGGAGCGGUGCAGGAUGUGGUGGAGGGGUUCAAGAGAGAAUAUUGGGAUUUGCAGCUUGGCUGGGUGGAGGCGGUGUUGAGAGCGAGAGACGAUUUUGAUAGGAGUAUGCUUAAGGGUGUGAAGGAGAGGUGGGGGAAUGUUAUGGGAGACUUGGAGAGAGGGGGGGAGACGAUCAUGGCAAGAGUUAAGUAG